AUGAAUAAGCACACCCAGCUGUGUGCGCUGGAGUCUCUCAAUACCGACGUUCUCAUUACAAUUUUAUCCGCAUGCGACUCCUUUAGCGACCUGGCCUCCAUUAUUCGUGCGUCACCGACCUUGCUUCAUGCUUUUCUCUCCGCCAAGGCCAGGGUGCUCCUCCACGUCGCCAGUAACAUUCUCGGGCCUGCAACUCGGGACGCUGCCUUACUCGCACAAACGUCGCGAUUUGACAAGGAUACCCAUGAAGAACUUGAGCGGGCAGUUGACGCAGCAGUCCUAGACUAUAGAGCCCGCUUGCAUGUCGCUAACGCGCCAUGGGUGACGAUGCUGGAUGCCGACACUGCAGUUGCCCUGACCCAUGUCACCCGGCUCGCCCAAUUCUUUGUCGAUCUCUUCGUCUAUUUCCGUUUUCGAUAUUUCGGGCAUGAAUUGGACGUAAUGCAAGCAAAUUUUCCCCCUGCCCAGCCUCGUCUAAGUCGGACCGAACAUGGCAGGAUUGCACAAGCGAUCCUACGCCGCCAACUAAUUGUUUAUAUCCAUGGUGGAAAGUACUCUCGACCCCUCGACUAUCCCCGAUUCGUUAGAAUGGUCUUUUCGCUCUUUCAAACAUGGGAAUUAGAGCAGAUAUCAGAUAUGGACCAUUUCCUGGGCCAGCUCCUCGUAUCGCUGGCAGAUUACCAGAUGAGGAAGCGAGGCCCGAACGGCGAGCGCUCUCCCGUACGCUGGCAGUUCUGGGAUACGCAUUACGCCCCUGAACUUGAGGAAUUCGCCAAGAAGAUGAAGAGUAUGCUCGAUUCAGACAACUCUCUACUCGACCGUUUAUGUCAAUGGGACGUUUUUAGCGGCCACAUAUCCGCAAGCUUUGGUCUCUUUGACAUGUUCAAGGGAAGUCACCGCUUUACAAUACCGUCUCCUUCACAUGGCAGCCAACAGUCGUCCAGUAACCUCGGUACUGCCGAUUCCAGAGUGGAAACAAGUACGAGCAGCGAGCCCUGGGCUUGGAAGGAUGCGCUUCGAGGCCAUGAAACAUGUAGAUGGGGCUGUGACUUAGUAAAGGCACCCCCGCCAGACAGCGCAAACCAACAAGACUACGAACAGGCAAAGAGUGCACUUGAAUCUUGGAGGUGGUUUGGUAUGGUCUUUUGGGACCGCGAGCGAGCUGAGCAGCUAAAACAAUCAAGCGCGCUCAAGUCGUGCAAGUCUGGCUGGCUCGUACCAUGGCAGAAUUGA